CUCUCUCUCUCUCUUUUUUCCUUUUUUCCUUUUUAUAUUGUAAAGUUCGAUAUGAACAGUAAACUAUCGGAGAAAUGGAAACGACCUCGUGUUAAAGGACCGAUAGCGUUUUCAAUAAAGCGGAAAAGACAGGAACGAUCAGAGAUCAGAAGGAAUGUUCCCGAGCUCAAAGAGAUGGAUGAAGAAGAAGAAGAGGAAGUAGAGGAGAACCUAUUUACGGAUGUAAAAGAAGAAAAGAUAGUACUUGAUCCAACCAUUGUGUUCCCUUACAGCAAUAAUGGGACUCGAGCGACUACGAUCAAGGAAGAGAGCGAGCAAUGGGAAUCGCUUUUUGAUCCACAGUAUGCGUUUGGACCCUUUAUGAAUAGUGUCAUGAAGCCUAGUACGACGGAUUACUAUUACAAGGGCAAAUGGCCAUUGAAUCAAGCAGAUAUCAUGGGCAUGGCUCCCAAACAGAUGAAAAAGACAAAACAUAACAGUGACGAUGGUGAGAGUGUAUCGCCAAUGGACGAAUCGUGCUUGUUUUCCAUUGUACCAGAUCCUCUUUUGCCUGAUUUGGAACAACUGAAGCUGUUGUUGACAGAUAUGGAUGAUCAUGACGAGGAUACUCGUAGUGAUGGUGAGAGUACAGCUGGUUCUGUAAGACAGAUCGGUUUUCUGCCCAGUUCGUCUAUCUCGCUGCAUACUAGACGUGCAGAGGAAGACGCUAGCUGGGAAAAAAGGCUGAACUUGCUUGAUACAAUUCAACAAGCUGUGUUUAACGAAGAUCUAAACGGAACACGCGAAAAUCCGUUCCAAGGGUCAAGAGCAGCACGUAUACAGCGUUCAAUCCGAGACAAGGCCGAGAGGAUCAAGAAGGAGGCAUGGGUCGAUGUGAAAAAUGACAGUAGAGAGAACAUGGCUGACGAAGGUAUGAAAGAGGACAAGGAAUCCAAAGAAAAAGAUCUCAAGUUCCUGUCAAGGGUUUCUGGUUUAUUUGGUGGUUAUCAGGAAAAAACAUUUGCUUAUGAAGAGGAAUUACAAGAAUGCAAGCAAAAGAAUAGAUAUUCCUUUCUAUACUUUGCCUUGGGGUUUCUCUUCCCACCUUUGUGGAUACUCGGCGCCACUUAUUCACCCAAGGCAUCGCAGCAACAGACGGAGGCAAGUAAAGACAUUGAUAAAAAAUGGAAAAAGUAUUCCAGAAACGCCUUGUUCAUCUUUCUUUUGAUCACUCUCGUCACGGUUAUCAUUACGGUGAUUGCUGAACCUGCCUCCUUUGGGUUCCGAGAGAUCAUGGGAGAUCAAGUCCAUGAAGAUAUUGUCAUCUUUGACGGCGAGCUUGUAUUAGAAAGUUAACUUGUUGAUAUAAAUAAAUACGCAAGAAGCUUAGCAUGAAUGUGACACGAACUGCAUUACCAAUAGAAUUAGAGUUUUUCUUGACUUUUAAA